AUGGACUUGCUCGCGCACCGCUCGGCUGCUGCAAGCCGGGUGACGCGCUUGCGAUUGCCUUCAUCGCCGCCCGCGCUGUCUGCAGCGACGGCGCUUUCUCCCAUCCACCGAUCUGCUUGCGCAGCCCUCGCCAUGCUCGGAGCUUGCAGCAUGAAAGGAAGACGGGUCGCAAGGGCAUGUUCUUGGCAUGACCAGCAAGCAGUUGCUGCGGGCCCCAGAAGUCUGCGCGCGGCGGCCUGCCUUGCCCUGGCCUGGGUUCCCGCCUUGUUGUGUGCAGAUUGGGCAAUGGCUGCUGAUGUUGGAAGUGAUGGGGCGAUCAGCAGCGCCUCGCUGGCCGCAGGUCUCGGUGAAUGGAUCCGUGGCGAUACCUCAGGACUUGGAGCAUUGCCAUUCAUCGCUGCUCACAUCUUUGCGAUCGUCUUGUGCUUUCCGGGCACGGCAAUCUUCGAGCUCACAGCCGGCGCUGUCUUCGGAUUCCUUCCCGGAGUGGCCGUGGUGGCUACUGCCAAGGGCACCGCUGCAGCCGCGACUUUCUUCGUCGCACGGACGGCUCGUGAUAGUCCCCCAGGGCAGUGGAUACAGGAGCGACUUGAUCUCGAGGGGCAAGACUGGACCGAGAAGCUGGAGAGGGGCGUGAAGCGCGACGCCUUUCGCUUCUGCUUGCUGGCUCGGCUCUCUCCGGUGCCUUCCUUCAUCAACAACUACGCCUUACCACUGGCCGGCGUACCCUUCAGCUCCUUUCUACCAGGGACCCUCCUUGGGAUGCUACCGCCCCUAGCCUCCAACGUCUACUCGGGGGCUGCGGCCGCCUCCCUCGCCGCGGCCCUCUCAGGCUCGGGCCCGAGCCUCGACUGGGUGGGCGUGUCCCUGGGCAUCCUCAGCGCCCUCAGUGGGGCGGCCAUCGUGCAGCAGCUCGCCUCCUUGGCCAUGGAGGACGAGCCCCCAAAAGCUUAG